AUGGAUUGGUCAGGGUCGACUCGAUCGUUAUUUUUCGAUCAAGAAACUGUUUCUUGCACAGCAAGUGACUUGAAGAUGAUUCCUGCAGCAUUCUACAUACCAAAGGAUAAUCCCUCGAAGCCUAAUGGGGACGAUGCCUACUUCAUUAGCGAGUCGGAGAAGACGAUCGGCGUGGCGGACGGAGUAGGCGGUUGGGCAAAGCAUGGCAUAGACGCCGGCGUAUAUGCGCGCGAAUUAAUGUCCAAUGUAGCGACUUCUGUUCGGAAUGAGAAGAAAAAGAAUGGUAUCGUGAAUCCAAAACGCGCUUUAACCGAAGCUUUUAGGUUUACAGAUUCGCAAGGUUCUACCACUGCUUGUAUUAUAACUCUACAAGGAGAAUUUCUCCAUUGUGCCAAUGUGGGAGAUAGUAAAUUUGUGCUUAUUCGAGAUGGUAAAGUCGUGUUUAGUAGCCCGAUACAGACGAAUGCGUUUAAUAAUCCAUAUCAAUUGGGGAAAGAAUCGGAUUCCCCGAGCGUUGCAGCGGAGUUUAAGUGUAGGGUCGAAGCCUGUGAUGUUAUUGUUGCAGGGACUGAUGGAUUGUUCGACAAUGUGCACGAGAGGGAAUUGGAAACAAUGGUGUUUCAGGGAUUGCUAGUAGGUACCGAACCCGAGCUUUUGGCUGAGGAAAUUGCGACUUUUGCUCUUGAAAAAGCUACCGAUCCGUUUGCUUGUACUCCUUUCCAAAUCGAGGCCCUGCAGGCGGGAUAUAAAUAUCUCGGUGGAAAGUAUGACGAUAUUACUGUGGUCGUAGCCAUUAUUAAGCCUCAAGAGUGGAUAUGA